UCAAUUGGAAGUUUCCUAUAAUCAUCAUCAUCAUAAGAUUAUUCUCUCUGAUUCCACCGAGAAAAACUCACACAAAAAAAAAUUCAUAUGAAAAUGUCUUGGCUAUGAUUGAAAUAUUUUUUUUUUGAAAAUCAAGUUUUUAUUUUGUUUUGAUUUUACCUUAGAAUUUAAUUUAGAAAUUAAUUUUAGGAUUUUUUUGAUUUGAAACUGUGUGCAUUUGUAUUUGUGUGUGAUUUUUUGUUGCAUAAUUUUGAUCAAAAAUCAACCGAGAGAAACAAUGUCUGCCAAUUUAAUCAUCAAUUCGACAACAGCAGCAACGUCUGUUGUCGAUCCAUUAGGUGAAGAUGGUACAAUCGAAUGGAUUAUGUCAAAAAUUGAUCAAUUUCCAAUCAAAUUAUCAUUUAUAUUUUCAUGUGCCAUGGUUAUUGGCAGUAUUGUGCCUUAUAUACCACAAUAUUUUACAAUCAAACAAACACAAAAUACUGAAGGUUUUUCCCUAUAUGUUUGUCUAACAUUAUUGAUUGCAAAUAUACUUCGUAUAAUGUUUUGGUUUGGUAAACAUUUUGAAACACCAUUAUUAAUACAAUCAAUAGUUAUGAUAAUGGCAAUGUUUAUAUUAUUGGAACUUUGUGUUCGUGUUAGAAAUUCUAAUCUAAUUAUUAAACAAAAACGUCGUUAUUUUUCCGAAAAAGAUUCAAUGAAAACAAUGUUGACAACAUCAAAAUCAAACGAAAGCAAUCAUCAUUCGAAAGAUUUGUCAACAACAACAACAAUAAAUUUAAAAAGAUCACGUUCGCUUGAUGAUUGUCAUAAUGAAAAACAAUAUAAUAAUAGAAAUGUUUAUGUAAAAAAGAAUUCUAUAACUGGAAUCAUUUAUAUGAUGAAAAAUUCUAUAUCACAAACAUUACCGAAAAAUUAUCAUCAUCCACAUCAACAACAACGGCAAAAUGAUCAUUCUACAAUUGAUAUGACCACUGAUGAUGAUAACAACAAUGAUAAUAGUCAACCGAAAUCAAAAAAUCAUCAUUUUUUUAAACAAAUUUCCAAUUUAGAGAAUAAAAUGAAAUUGGUUAAAAAUCAAUUUGAAUCAAAUAUACAACAACGACGACAAUCAACAAAUCAAAAUACUCAACAACAACAACAACAAAUAUCAUCACCACCAACAACAAUUCAAAAUGAUCAUCAUCAAUGUUCAUCAUCAAAUCAAGAAUCUUCGAAUCUUUCACCAAAACAAAAUUUUGAUUUACGUUUUUUCUGGGAAUGGACUGAUUUUAUGAGCUAUUUGGAAUGUAUGGCCGUUUUUACAUUGAUUGCCGGAUUGAUAUUCUAUUUGUUUAUCGAUGUGCCUUUGAUUGUUGAAGGAUAUGGUCUGGUUGCAUUAGUUACUGAAUCAUUAUUGGCAAGUCCACAAUUUUUUCGUAAUCUUAAAGUAAAAUCUGUGGAAGGAAUGAGCAAAUUAAUGGUGUUUACCUGGUUUCUUGGUGAUCUAUAUAAAACUGUUUAUUUUUUUGUUCGACAAGCACCAUUUCAAUUUUUACUUUGUGGCUGUACACAAAUAACAUUUGAUUCGUUAAUAUUUAUGCAAAUAAUAUGCUAUAAAAAAGCUACAUAUCGAAAAAUACCAAAAUCGCAAUUAAAACAUUUGGAAAAUCGUGCCCGUAAACAUUUUAAAGAAAAUGUUCGAUCAAAACAAAUGUUCAAUCUAUUGACAACAAUGUCAAACGCAGAUUCAAAUUGUCCAAAUCCAUCAUCGAUUAUAUCCACAUCAAUUCAUCAUCCACAACCAUUAUCACGAAUGAAUGCAAGUGAAUCACUGGAACCAAUAUCACCAAAAGAUUCAAAUUCAUUGAAUGAUGGUGAUGAUCAUGAUCAAAUGGAUUUAAUCGAAUUGAAUGGUUAUGAAAAUAAAGGUGCAAUAUUCGAUCAUAAUGUUAAAUAUGCAGACGGUGAUGGUGAUGAUAAUUUUGAAAAUAUCAAUAUCGAAGAUGCUGAUGAUGAAAAUGAUAAAUUCAAGACAGCUAUAUAACUCGUUAAACAAAGGCAAAGCAAUGUGACGUGACUGUGAUAUUAUAAAAAUGAAUGAAAAAAAACAAGAAAUGAAAAAAAAUCAAUUAGGGCAAUUUUCAAUCAAUCAAUGUAGAAUUUUU